CUUCCACCUCCUACUCCAAAAAACUCUGUAUUUCGUGGAGGAGAUAUUGUUUGGCUUUCUAUUAACGAGGUUUUGAAUGAUAAAACCUUGGCAGAAUGUAAUAAAAUUUUUUCCAUCGAGUAUUGGCCUGCAAUUGUGGGGUCAAUUACACCACAAGAAGAUAACGAAUUAUGUGAAAGCAUUGUCUAUACCGUAAAACCUCUAAUUCUUCAUGGAAGUAAAAACGUUACAGUUGAUUCACUUCGUCCUUGGCUAAUUCGUAGUCUGGAUAAAGCAUUGUUAAGUAGCAACAAUAGAUUCACCAGGUCCUUGUUGAAUGUUGAAUUAAAAGAAGCGACUCCGGAGCAGAUAGUUGAAAUAUAUUCUAAAGCAGUCCAGAAAGCAAAUGAAAUAGCAAGUGUAUUUACACCUAUGUAUCAGUACGAAUAUCAUAAGAAGGGAUCCAAAAAGGAACAUGGUGUUCAUUAUAAAGCUAUAUAUUUUGGUGCAGAAUUGAUUUAUGAAGAUGAUUUAGUUAGAUUAUUACCCGAAGAACAUAAAGAUCAAAGUGAUCCACCUGAUGAUAAUAAUACAAAAAAAGAAGCCAAGGAAUCAUAUUUACAAAUAACAAGUAUCUAUGAAGAUUUAAAGACAAAUAUUCAUAUUACAGGUGAUUUAUAUGAAAGGGGUAAGUUAUUGGAAGAGGGCGAUACAUAUGAGUGGAUUCCAAAGAAUAAACAAGACGAGGAGUAUACAGUUGAUAUGGAAGAUAUUGCUGGUCGAUUUUAUUCAAUGUUUCCUGAUAUCACUGAAUCUUUUGAUUGUGAACUUCUCAAAACAGUCGAAAAUAGAAUGUUAAUGUUAGGUGAAGAUGUUCCUCCUAUCAGAAUUCCACCACCGGAUAUAACCCCGCGUGAACUAGAUAUUCCACCUCCUACUAAAAAACAAGUAGCCAAACGUUCUUCUCCAUUGCCACCAAUAUUAACAGAAAGUAAUUUGUUAAAGGGUAAACGUACAACACCGUUUUCUACUCCACAAGACGAGACAUCAAAAAAAGCGAGAAAACAUCUCGAAAUUGAUAUUGAGAGUGAGACAAACACAGAAAUUAAUAUUGGCGACGAAAAAGGAAUUACAAUUAAACAGACAAGUGAAAUAAAAUCUAUUGAGAAAAUUGGGUCCCCUGUAAAAUUUUCAGAUAUUGAAAAGAAAUAUGCUAAAAAAUUCGACGAUAUUGAUUUACCGCCAUUGGUCGUUUCACCAGAUACUCCUACAUUUGAAACUGAUGAUGAUAUAUCUGACGGAGAUGCUUUGAACAAGUUAAUGCAAAAUAAUGGCGAUAAACCGAUUUAAAAAGAUUUAGAUUGUAGUUUUAAAAUUAAAGCUUCUUUGUAUCCAAGUUUAUUGGUCUAUUGAUAAUUUUACUAGCUCUCAGCGAUACACGUUUAAUUAGGUAAAUAAAAAUAUAUGGGGAUUUACCAAAUAUAAUAAAAUAAAAUAGAUGCUGAGAUUUGAAUAUGAUGUAAAGGUUUGAAUUACAAUAAAGUUAAUAAAGUUUAUACAAGAAUUUGAUAGUAAAAUAUUGGAUCUUAAAUAAAAAUGAGUACGACAUCGAGUAAUUACACGUAAUUAGCGUAAUUAAUGACGUUUAGAUAAUGCUAAUACUAAUCAUUAUGC